AUGCGUGCUGCCGUAGUGCUGCUAGCCCUGUGUGCCACACUAGCCACAGCCCAGUUCAACACCCAUCAAUGGGCUGACCGGAGUGGUAUUGUGCAUCUUUUCGAGUGGAAAUGGGACGACAUUGCUGCUGAAUGCGAGAACUUUCUAGCGCCGCACGGAUACGCCGGUGUGCAAGUGUCGCCACCGACGGAGAACGCUGUCAUUGGUGGACGACCUUGGUGGGAACGGUAUCAACCGAUGUCCUACCGCCUGGAGACGCGUUCUGGAACGGAAGCUCAGUUUGCUAGUAUGGUCCGUCGCUGUAACGAAGUCGGUGUACGCAUCUAUGUGGAUUUGGUUAUCAACCACAUGGCUGAUCUAGCCGGAUGGGGCGGUACUGCUGGUAGCACGGCCGACCGGCCAAACUUCUCGUUUCCCGGCGUACCAUUCAGUGUGACGGACUUCAAUCCGCCCUGUGUUAUUACAAACUAUAAUGAUCCCAUAAUGGUUCGUAACUGUCAAUUGGGCAGUUUGCCUGAUUUGAACCAGGGUGUCCCAUGGGUACGCGAUAAAGUUGUGGAUCUAAUGAAUCAUUUGAUCGGUCUUGGUGUGGCUGGAUUCAGGAUGGACGCCGUCAAGCACAUGUGGCCCGGAGAUCUACAGGCCAUCUACAGCCGUAUGAACAAUCUGCCAACGUCGCACGGCUUCCCACCGAACGCUCGUCCCUUCAUCACGCAGGAGGUGAUCGAUCUGGGCGGUGAGGCUAUCGGUAAGAACGAAUACACCCAUCUGGGUACGGUUACUGAGUUCCGAUUCUCGGCUGAGAUUGGACGUGCGUUCCGAGGCCACAACCAGCUCCGGUGGCUUUAUAACUGGGGUCCCGAGUGGGGCUUCUUGCCUUCUCAUUUGGGUCUCGUUUUUGUUGAUAACCACGAUAAUCAGCGCGGCCAUGGUGCGGGUGGCGAAGAAGUCCUGACGCACAAGGUGCCCAAGAACUACAAGAUGGCAACCGCUUUCAUGUUGGCCCAUCCCUACGGUAUUCCUCGUGUCAUGAGCUCGUUCUUCUUCAAUGACGGUGACCAAGGACCGCCAUCUGACGGUGAUGGCAACCUAAGCUCCCCGAUCAUUAACGCCGACGACUCAUGCGGUGGUGGCUGGGCUUGUGAGCAUCGGUGGCGCCAAAUCUAUAACAUGGUUGGCUUCCGCAAUGCUGUAUCCGGUACCUCGUUGAACGACUGGUGGGACAAUGGUGGUAACCAGAUCGCUUUUUGCCGCGGUGGACGUGGUUUCGUCGCGUUCAAUCUGGAGGGCCAUGAUUUGAAUCAAAAUCUGCAGACCUGCCUACCGGCGGGCACGUACUGCGACGUGAUCUCGGGUAGCAAGUCUGGAAGCAGCUGCACUGGUGCUAGCGUCACUGUUGGUGGAGAUGGUCGUGCCAAUAUCUUCAUUAGCGCCAACGCCGACGAUGGUGUCCUGGCCAUUCACGCCAAUGUGAGUAUCCUCGAGAGUAUAUGA